AGCAGAGUGAAAAUUGUUUUUGACUCUUGUUAAUUGAACAAGUUGUAUAAACUGUAUACAUUCAUUUGGGAUCCAAUAUUGGUGCGUUGUGUGCAUUGGUGUCGAUUGGUAAUGAGUCUCUCCAACUUAUCUCUUGUAGCCAAAACAGCCAUUGCUCAUGUUUUAGCAACAGCUAACAACACUUUUGUCACGGUAACAACACCCAAAGGAAAAGUGAUGAAAAUAGUUUCAGCUGGUUUGGUUGGUUUCAAGAAGUGUCGACGUGGAACGUCGCUUGCAGGAUUCACGGUUGGCUAUGAAGCUGGCAAAGUUGUAAAGGAUCGUGGAUACUCCUUGAUAGAAGUACGACUCAAAGGUUUUGGAAUCGGAAGGGAGUCGGCUAUUCAAGGUUUAAACCGUGCCGGAUUGAAUGUAGUGGCUUUUUAUGACGUAACUCCAGUUCCCCACAACGGUAGUCGGCCUCCAAAGGCUAGACGCUUGUAGUAAGAAAAGGUUUUACGGGUCAAAAAAAGAAAACUCUCGUCCUUGUCGAAUGGAUAUUCAGAGACAGUUGGAGACUUGCUUUAGUGGAUAGGACCACGAUAACUGAGGCAACAAGUCGUUUGUUUUUGGAGAACAUAUAUUGAGCACUUUUGAUAGAUUUUUUUUCUGCCUUGUAUAAUAGAAAGCCAAAAAAUGGCGCCAAAAUAAAAUGUUUUUCAUAAAGAAACUGAUGUCGUCAUUUCUCAUGGAGAACAAUGCUUCAUGAUAGUGAUGCCAGUACAUUAGCACCUGAAUCUCCCUUAAACACGUAUGAAGUAAGUACAGAUACAUUUUGGUUAUGAGGUUUUAUAGUAAAUAGUUGUAGUCUGCCAAAGACACCAAGGCUAUAAAUUUAGUGGAAAACAUCAAAAUACGUUUAAGAUGUAAAACAAACAAGACGGACUUUGUGGACAACUGCAAGUCAAAAAACCCAAAGACAUUAGCAACCUCAAAAAAAGAACCAGUCCAAUCCAACUCAACAAAAUACAAGAAUGAUAGCAAGUCAACCAACGGUAAAUGUGGAAAAAGGAAAGUAUCCAAAUCCUCCAUUUCUAAAACUACGCAUGUAAAAAAGUCCGACUCCUCGAAAGAUACCAGUCAAAAGAAGCAUUCAAUGGACAAGCAAUUUGAAUC